AGGAAGUGCUGCUCUCAGACUACAUUUCACUUCACGACGCGCCGUGGGGCUCAGCUCACACCAAGCACUAAAAAGAUAAAAUAGUCGUGUGUUCCCACAAGGAUUAAUCCCAGAGAAAUGUCAAGAGGUACUCGUUCCUCGGGGUGUGUGAACUAAAUCGGACCGGAGGGUUUUAUGCGGACGGAUGUUGUGUUUUCGUUAAGCGAUGUCGGAAGAGAUGAACACUUGGAUCUACGACCCAAACACGGAUGGAAAAGAAAAGAGUCGUUUCUUUCGCCAAUAACAUCGGAAAAUCAAAAUCGACCCUCUUUCGGAGAAACCUACACUUUAACCCUCGGGACGAGCCGUGAAGAAGAAGACUGGGGUUGAAAACCACGUUGUGUUGUUGUUUUUUUAAACUCAGAUAGUUUCGUCCAUAUAAGCUUGGGUUUGAGACGCACAGCCAUGCAUGUGAAGUUCCGCAAGAUCUAGAGAUUUCAGGGCCACCUCAACUGUAUCACAUUUUAUGCCCUGACAGAUCAAGAUUGGUUGUGAACCGACGUAUUUCAUCACAGUAUCUGAUCUUUGUUUCAUCGGACCACGUUUUGUGGCACCAUCGCGACUUUUCUCUUUUUUUUCAAGAAAAAGGAAACACGGAUUGCUUUAGUUCACAUUUGCUUAUUUCCUUUUCUAGCGCCCCCCUCGUAUCAACGCUGCAGUAGAGCAAUAUUUCAACAUUUGCUUACAGCAUAUCUCUCAAUAUAUAAAUAGAUUAAACUCCUUUAAAAGGAUAAAACUGUCAGCGUCGCACAAGGCUUAGAGUAGCACAACGAUGGGAUCUGGCAAAAUACUCCUGCAUGUUUAUUUGAAUGUUAGACUUUAAUUUUGGCUCUUUAAUUGGCUUGUGGGAUCAGGAAAGCCGACUUGGAUCUGAUCAGUGCUUUAUUAAAGAAGAGAAGGGACAGCUGAUCUUAACAUUCACACCACCGAAAUGGAGAUUGGUUUGUGAUAUAACCAGGAUAUAGACAUAUCUAUCUAUUACAUCUUGACGGAUAUUAAUACUCAGUUUUUGGAUAUUAAGGAAAUACCUACUCGUCGCAUCGAUUGCUAUUAUUUAUUUUUCCUCAACCAUUUGGGCUUUUGAUUCCCACCAUCUUUACGCCUUUUGAGGAGAGGAGGAUACACAGCACCCGUUUUUUUCUCUCUCUGGUUUGUUUGUAUGCUGUCAGUUGCUAAAUGAGAUUAAACCGUAAACCAGUGUAACUAAAUUGAAAACAAGAUAUUGGCGUUUAAUAAUCACCUAUUCUCCCGUUUGUGAUUUCUAUUAUAGUGACCUGGCUUGCUUUUUAUCGCAAUAUCUUAAGCAUAUUAUCGAUUUUAAAGGCUCGCAUUGAUUUGGGCGCAGUUAGGGCUUUAUUUGCAUUUGUAACACAAGGCCAGCGUCCAUGCAUUUAUAGUUAACCUGCUACCGCCGUCAUUUCCAUCCUUCUGCAUGCACCGUGGCUCACACUGACACGCGUGUAAUUUUUUCGACGGUCAUUAUACCAGCAGGUGGGUUUCUCACGUUAAACUCACCCGAGGGGGGUGGGUGGUGGAGGGGGAAAGAAUUGCUUUAUCGAUAUUAUCAUUUAUAACCAUCUUGAAUUAUUUGAUUGAUUGAAUCGGGAGGAGAUGCCAUAUACGUACACUCUUCCUCUGUGAAAGAGAAGCCAUUUAUGCAACUGUAACGUUAGUUGACCAGAGGGCGACGUUUGCUACAUAGAAACGGACCCUAUAGAUUGUGAAUAUUUAUGCACCAGAAAAAAAAAAUGAUGACUGAUUUUUGAAAUACUAAAGUGAAAAACGCGAAUUUAACGACCGGGGCUGGAACCGAUGCUCGCGCAUCAUCGUCGUCUUCGCCACAGCUCCCGCGCUCGUCUCGUGUUGAGUCCGCGCGCCGCCGCUCCCAGAGCGCGCUCGCCUCACGUUAUUCUCACCGCUGGUUCUGGUACAGUUUACGACUCGGUUCGACCAAGAGGGCUUGAAGAUGGCGGACCUCGAAGCGGUUCUCGCCGAUGUCAGCUACCUGAUGGCGAUGGAGAAGAGCAAAUCGACUCCAGCGGCCCGGGCGAGCAAGAAAAUCAUCCUGCCUGAACCCAGUAUUCGGAGUGUCAUGCAGAAGUACCUGGAGGAACGGGACGAACUGACCUUUGACAAAAUCUUCAACCAAAAGAUUGGUUUCCUCUUGUUCAAGGAUUUCUGCCUGAAUGAGAUUGACGAGGCCGUGCCGCAGCUGAAGUUUUACGAGGAGAUUAAAGAGUACGAGAAAUUAGACUCGGAAGAUGAGAGGCUAACUCGCAGUCGACAAAUUUACGACGUCUACAUAAUGAAGGAGCUUCUGUCGUGUUCACAUCCCUUUUCACAGAAAGCAGUUGACCAUGUUCAAACUCACCUAGCAAAGAAACAAGUUCCUCCAAAUCUCUUUCAGCCAUACAUAGUUGAAAUCUGCGACAGCCUUCGAGGGAAAAUCUUUCAGAAAUUCAUAGAAAGUGACAAGUUCACGCGUUUCUGUCAGUGGAAGAAUGUAGAACUCAACAUCCAUUUGACAAUGAACGAUUUCAGCGUGCAUCGGAUCAUCGGCCGGGGAGGUUUUGGAGAGGUGUAUGGAUGCAGGAAGGCUGACACGGGGAAAAUGUAUGCCAUGAAGUGUUUGGAUAAGAAACGGAUCAAAAUGAAACAGGGCGAAACAUUGGCGCUUAAUGAGAGGAUCAUGCUGUCGUUGGUUAGCACAGGGGACUGCCCUUUCAUAGUGUGUAUGACGUAUGCCUUCCACACCCCGGAUAAACUGUGUUUCAUCCUGGACUUGAUGAACGGCGGAGAUCUCCACUAUCACCUCUCUCAGCACGGGGUGUUCAGCGAGAAGGACAUGCGAUUUUAUGCAGCUGAGAUCAUCCUGGGCCUCGAGCACAUGCACAAUCGAUUCGUCGUCUACAGAGAUCUCAAGCCUGCGAAUAUCCUGCUAGACGAACACGGACACGUUCGUAUCUCUGACCUGGGCCUGGCCUGCGAUUUCUCCAAGAAAAAACCUCACGCCAGUGUUGGUACCCAUGGCUACAUGGCACCUGAGGUUCUGCAGAAAGGAACGGCGUACGACAGCAGCGCCGACUGGUUCUCCCUGGGCUGCAUGCUGUUUAAACUCUUGCGAGGGCACAGUCCAUUCAGACAGCACAAGACCAAAGACAAACACGAGAUCGACCGCAUGACACUUACCAUGAAUGUGGAGUUGCCCGAUUCGUUCUCACCUGAACUUAAGUCUCUCCUGGAGGGACUCUUACAGCGAGAUGUCGCCAAAAGAUUGGGCUGUCUUGGACGGGGGGCAUCAGAGGUGAAGGAGCAUUUGUUUUUCAAAGGAAUCGAUUGGCAGCAAGUCUAUCUUCAGAAGUAUGCCCCACCCCUCAUUCCUCCGAGAGGAGAGGUCAACGCUGCAGACGCCUUUGACAUCGGCUCCUUCGACGAGGAGGACACCAAGGGAAUUAAGCUGCUAGAUAGCGAUCAGGAGCUUUAUAAAAAUUUUCCUCUGGUGAUCUCCGAGCGCUGGCAGCAGGAGGUGGCCGAAACGGUGUACGAUGCCGUCAACAGUGACACGGAUAAGAACGAAGCACGCAAACGGGCCAAAAACAAGCAGCAGGGACAUGAGGAGGACUAUGCUCUGGGGAAGGACUGCAUCAUGCACGGUUACAUGCUGAAGCUUGGGAAUCCCUUCCUGACACAAUGGCAGCGGAGGUAUUUUUACCUGUUCCCCAACCGCGUCGAGUGGAGAGGAGAAGGAGAAUCCAGGCAAAACCUUCUGACCAUGGAGCAGAUCGUGACUGUGGAGGAGACACAGAUCAAGGACAAAAAGUGCAUCCUGCUGAGGAUCAAAGGAGGGAAGCAGUUUGUCCUGCAGUGCGAGAGCGACCCAGAGUUUGUUCAAUGGAAGAAGGAACUCACAGAAGCGUUCACCGAAGCCCAAAAGCUGCUGCGUCGUGCUCCCAAAGUCAUCGGCAAGGGACGAUCCAAUGUGUUGGAGCUUUCCAAACCUCCGCUCACCCACCGCAACAGCAACGGCCUGUGAGCCGUCCCCCGUCCCAGCCACCCUUCAUCACCACAUCUCUCCAUCCUCUUCAUCAACACGCACUCACACUCUCUCCAUCAUCCAGCAUCAUUAAGCUUCCCAACAAACAUCCAAAGACGCAGUUGUUUUUUUGGAAGGUUCUGCUGGAUUUGUACACUGCUGUUUCUCAAUCAUACACAUGCAUAUACAUAGUUUCUGCAACUUGACACGCUGGGGUGAUCAACACUCCAGGAUAACAUUAAAAAACAAUUUUGCUGAGGACGUUGUUUUGACAGGGACCAGUGGUGGUGCAGGCUGGGAUACUGCACCCCUUUACCGAGCACAUCACUCUUUUCCCCUGACGCUUUCUUACAUCGCAAGAACUUAAAGUCUUUGUCGUGAAGUUCAAGAACGCAACGAGUGUCCGUUUGAAAUCUCUUUACCCGUGCAAAAGAGCUGGACGGUAUCCGUACCUUCACUCCGGGAGAGCCAAAACCUGAAACGAUCUCUCACAAGACGAUGGAUUUAAAGAUAUCACUCCUGUUGUCUUCUCACACCAUUCGUAAACCGGUUGCCGCCACUCUCUGUCGGCUGCAUGGGCAUCCGUGGGCUCGCCUGCCUUGCAUUUCUUGCUAAACGGGACAAUGGUAUCACUUAACCCCCCUCUCCUGUACUCAUAAAGACUUCCUUAAUACUCACCGUGGGGUUGUAAUGAACAGAGAUGUAACCGUGCACGUUGGCGAAUGUAAAAAUUUGAGUGUUUAUUUUUUUCCCCUUUUUUUUGGUGCUCGCGGUAAAGACCAAAUUCAGUUGGACGUGGCGAUGCAAAAAGGUGUCGUCGCUUUAAAAAAGAAGAAAUGGCUGGAUGUUUUCACCAUGAGGAAUUGCUUUUCUUUCACCUUGAAUGUAUUUUUUUUCUUCGUCUUGUGUUUUCGUUUGCGAACGGAUCGAUUACGCUGCUUGAAAAUGGGACGGAGCCAGAGGGACGUUUACGAAGACACGCCCCCCAACUUUUAACCCCAUGCCAUCCCUUAAACUCAGUGCAAAAAGUGCCAAUGAAAAUGUAACGUUAAACUUGAGACACCUGUGACUUUUUCACGCCAGGCUGGCUUCAGGUCACACUGUGGAUAUCACCCAUGUGAUUGGACGCAAAUACAGUGUUGGAAACUGCACAGAUUUGUCCAAUCGCUCGAAUGACUUUGAACUCUGAGCAGGAGCCCCGAUGGAUGCCAGCGGACGGUUGAUGGUGCAUGAUGUCUCGGAGGAAAAAUACGCGACGGCAGCGUCCUUGGAGUCUUACUGUAUAUAAGAACCGAUCCUUUCUCUGUGCAUCUCCAGUAUAAUCUUCUUGACAAUGUUUGCAUAUAUGGCAAAUUCUCUGUCUGCCUGUCUGUGUUCGUCCCUGUGUCUCAGCUUAGGGGCCGGCGGGGUGGGCGGGUUCACGUUUGUCAAUCAUCGUUCACGUGCAUACGGAACCGUGCCUCCGUAUCCUUCGUCGGACAGCGCGAGAGCGGAAAUUGAAAGACUUAUCUCAUAAUGAGGUGUUUCAUUAUGCCAGUCCUUCUGAAGGUGAGAUGUGCGACACGUCAUCGCCGUUAUCCAUUCACAGGCAGACAGACUGUUAUUCAGAGACAGGUGCGAGAUCAGGCGUUGAAGGUAGGAUGCUUGCAUGCACAAUGUGUUCAGAAAGGCGGGCUGCUUGGAUUGCAGAAGAGACAACUUUAAACCAUUCGUUGUAAGGCUUGAUUUGGAUAUAGUUUCAAUUUUUAUAUUGUUUUGAAUGUGAUGCAUAAUGCAGAUUUCUAUAGAUUACAUAUUUUUGGAGUAUGUUAUGUGCAUUUAUUUUGAUCUUUUUUUUUUAUUGAGAAACAAGCACAGAUUAACAGGCAUGAGAUGAUUUUAAAGAAGUUGUUUUUCUUCAUGUAUUCAGGUUAUUUUUCAUGCAGUAAUUUUCUUUUCUACGACUCCUAUCCGUGCAUUUCGAGUGAUAAAAAUUGCAGGGUUUUGGGGCCGAUCGUAUUUUUUUUUUUUUUUGUAGCCUCAAGGUGCCAUCCUGAGGAUGUUCAGUGCCGUUCGACGGUUAUCAUUGAAAUAUUAUCGCUGCACUUCACAUUUCACGAGCUGGCAAAAAUGUGCCAAAAGACCUAUAGGAGACCCGAACCUAUUCCCUCGCCAGCUCCAAAAUUGGUACGUUUUUCCAAACAAACAUUUUUUGGGGGGAAAGGGUACAAAAUGUCGAAUUCAGGUGACGUACCGUAACCGUUGAUGAUACUCCUCUAAGCGGCCACAUGCGGUAUUGCUUACCGAGCGCGAAUUUGCUAACCGCUAGCCUGUUUUUCAAAAGGGGUGGCACUUUCGUCAGUCCUAAACAUCCAUGUUUUAUUCAGGGGUUAUUUUAAUGUUUUUCAUUCACUUCAUCAGUGUUUGCUUUAUUCGAUCGCUUGCGUGUCUGUUCCGUAGCGGUGAAUUUGUCUGGCGAGCGGCGGUUUGCGAAAUAGUCGGCGAAAUGGAAAAGUGCUAAAUAGGAAAAAAAACGAAAAACAAACUAUCAAAAAUCUAAGUAUAUAUGUGUAUAUGAAAUAAAAACAAAUGAGCUUAGAUUUAUUUAAAAGAUUUUACGAUGUAGAAACAAAAUUGAGACGGGAAGGGAUCGGGUUUGAUGUUCAACUAUUUGUGGUGAAGAAUCUGCUCAGAUCUUGCACAUAAAAGUUUAGAUAUUGUACCUACGAGUUACAGAUUAUUAUUUUUGUUUGUUUAAUACAGGACUCUCUUGCUCUCUUUCAUAUUUAUUGUCUGGUCGGGGAGCUGCGCAGCCCCUCUGUGCGUGGGUUUAUCAAAGGCACGGAGCUGUCGAGAGACCCGGGUUUACAGUCGACCUAAACUCUUUUUCAUGUGCCACAAACAAACGCAAAUACUACUGUCUGGGGUUGUUACCGUUAAGGUUAUGAUGAUGAUGAUGAUAAUUGUUGAUAAUAUUAUUCAAUGAAUGAUAAUUGUUAUUAAAAUUUUCUUUUUCCAGAACGACUAGGAACAUGUGUGUUGGACUGCUUAUAAAAUCAGUUCAGAAAUAAAAGCCCCUUUUUUCGUGUU